GGUGCGGGUGCGCGCGCAGGCCGGGAUGAAGCUGCUGACCCACAACUUGCUGAGCUCCCACGUGCGUGGGGUGGGGCCCCGGGGCUUCCCUCUGCGCAUCCAGGCCACCGAGAUCCGCGUGAGCCCCGUGGACUUCAACCCGGACUUCGUGACGCGCAUGAUCCCCAAGAUGGAGUGGACGGCGCUGGUGGAAGCGGCCGAGAGCCUGGGCCACCUGUCUGAGCUGCCCCGACAGCUGGCCGAGGGCUACGAGAAGGACGAAGAGUUCCUGAGGAAGGUGCACCACGUGCUGCUAGAGGUGGAGGUGGUCGAGGGCACUCUGCAGUGCCCGGAGUCCGGACGCCUGUUCCCCAUCAGCCGAGGGAUCCCCAACAUGCUGCUGAGUGAGGAAGAGGCCGCGUCCUAGGCCCAGGACCCACGCCCCCUCCCACCUUGCGUGCCCUUUUGUUUGCCCCUCCGGCCCCCGGACCACACAGAGCCCUGGGGGGUGGUAUCAUCGCUGUUAUAUUUUUUUUUCCUCAUUAAAGGUUCAAAACUGAA